UCUGGAGAUUAGGCCUAAAUUUAGUGGUUAGUUUUCUGUUGGCAUUUACGAGUAGAUGUGCUGUUAUUUAUCAUUUAAAAUUCGUAAUUAAUAAGCGAACAACUUUGCGCUGAACUAGUAGAGAUAACAAACCUCAAAGUUCGAAUGAGUAACCAUGAAAAUCACACAACUUAAAGACUGUAAUUUGUAGCUCCGAGUUUGAGGAAGUUGUUAUCCAAAUUACAAUAUCUUUCCACUCUCGCCGAGCCCAUGUAAAAGGCGUAACAUAACGAGACAGAGGGAAAAGUCGAUUGUGGUGACAUCUUAAAAGAAGUAUUAGAACUUGCCUAUCAUUAGUAUUAUAAUACUGGUAUUCGUAUAACCGCUGUAUUACAUUUUUUCUAGUAAGUACUACUGCCGAAAUAUUCGAGUCAAGAGAUGUGAAUUAUUAAUAUUAUAAAGAAUAAAUUUUAUCUCGUAAAGUAGUCAGAAAGGAUAGCUCGGAGUCGGAGUGUUCUAUUUCACUUUCAGUAGUUUUUAAAACGUAUUUCAUUCGAUACCUUAACUUAAGGCUGAAGUAAAGAUGAAGACUGCCUUAAUGGUUGCAGAGAAACCUUCUCUGGCUCAGUCACUAGCCAAUAUACUGUCAAAUGGUAAAAUGAAAACCCGCAAGGGUAUAAACGGUGUUUGUUCAGUUCAUGAAUAUGAGGAUUUUUUCCAGUCAGAGAGGAUAAAAUUCAAAAUGACCUCAGUUUGUGGACAUGUGAUGUCCAUGGAUUUCAUUGGAAAAUAUAACAACUGGGACAGGGUAGACCCGGCAGAGCUUUUUAGUGCAACCACAGAGAAGAAAGAAGCCAAUCCUAAAUUAUCAAUUCCAAAACUUCUUGAAGUUGAGGCUAGAGGAUGUGACUACUUAAUCCUAUGGUUGGAUUGUGACAAGGAAGGGGAAAAUAUUUGUUUUGAGGUUAUUAACGCAGUCAAAAAUGUUAUGAAGCCGACGAUGCGUCGAAAUGAGCAGACGAUAUUUCGUGCUCACUUCAGUGCCAUAACCGAACGAGACAUUAAAGCAGCAAUGAACAGUUUAGGAGAACCAAACGAAAAUGAAGCUCGAUCAGUUGAUGCAAGACAGGAAUUGGAUUUGAGAAUAGGUUGUGCCUUCACACGUUUUCAGACCAAAUUUUUUCAGGGGAAAUAUGGAAAUUUAGACAGCUCUUUGAUUUCAUUUGGACCCUGUCAAACGCCAACAUUAGGUUUCUGCGUUGAAAGACAUGACAAGAUUCAAUCCUUCAAACCAGAAGCUUACUGGGUGCUGCAGGUUAAGGUGCUGACAUCUGGAGGCACCACUCUUAACUUAGACUGGGAUCGUGUUCGUAUUUUUGAUAAGGAAGUUGCUGAGCUUUUUCUACAGCGUGUGAAAAACAAAAAAGAAGCAUUAGUUACUGGAACUUCUCAGAAAGAAAAGACCCGUCAGAGGCCUCAGGCACUGAACACUGUGGAGUUGAUGCGUGUAGCAAGCUCAGGAUUGGGUAUGGGCCCUCAUCAUGCCAUGCAGAUAGCAGAAAAACUGUACACACAGGGUUAUAUCAGUUAUCCUCGUACAGAAACUACACAGUACUCGGAAAACUUUGAUCUAAUUGGAGCUUUACAACAACAACAGAAUAGUUCUGAAUGGGGAACAGAAGUAAAGGAACUUUUAAAAACUGGAAUAACUAAACCAAGGUAUGAU